AUGACGAGUCUCAAAAGGUCGUUCGGGGCCGAUCCAGCGGCCCCCAACCUUGCUAGCAAGGUCUACGUGCGGUCGACCAGAAGUGGCAAGGUCCAGAAGAUCGUGAGGGAGCUCUACUUGCGGCAAGACAUCCCAUGCUCGUCGAAACUCUGCUCCGCAUGCUUGGACGCCGCCCCCAAAGACUACAACGGCAAGGUGGCACCGUUUGUGCUUUCAGAAAAACCAGCCGGCACAAAGACUUUCCCAAAUGGUCAUUACCUCAUUCCUGACACCAAUGCUUUCCUCACUGGAAUGGACCUUUUCGAGGUCGACUCUGCGUUUCACGACGUGAUUGUUCUACAGACUGUCUUAGAAGAGGUCAAGAAUCAAUCGGCCCCUCUUUACAACCGUCUCAUUAGCCUGACCAAGCAUGACAACAAGCAUUUCUACGUUUUCUUCAAUGAGUUUAGGCUAGAGACCUACGUCACUCGGGCCGACGGUGAGACCAUCAACGAUAGGAAUGACCGUGCCGUUCGCAAGGCCGUGCAAUGGUACGGCGAGCAUCUCCAACGGGCUACCAAGUCACGGCCGGGCGCACCGAAAUGCCCUUCUGCCGUCAUGCUGAGCGACGACCGGGAGAACCUUCGCAAGGCGAAGGCCGAAGGUCUCAAAGGCCUUUCGUUGUCCGAUUACGUUGCCGGUCUCCCCAACUCGGAGCAACUGUUGGACAUGGUGGCUGCUGGCCAAGAGCAACGAGAAACCAAAGCGAGCCAGGGACAGUGGCUCUACCCAGAGUACUACACCCUCUCGAAAAUGAUGACUGGCGUGAAGAAUGGAACAUUGCACCAGGGCAUUUUCAAUGUGUCGCCGUACAACUAUCUCGAGGGUUCGGUUCACGUACCGGCCUUUGAGAAGUCACUCCUAGUGCUCGGAAGAGAAAACAGCAACCGUGCAGUUUCAGGGGAUGUCGUUGUGGUUGAGGUGCUGCCAAAAGACCAGUGGAAGGCUCCGUCUUCAAAAAUCAUUGAGGAGGAGACUUUCAACAAAAAUGAGAAUGCGGACGUGGAAGAGGGCGAGGCAGUCAUCACCGAGAGGGAAAGAAAAGCCCUGCAAGAGGAAGUCAAAAGAGUGCAGGGAAAGAGCAUCGAAGGCCGGCCGCAGCCGACAGCACGCGUAGUGGGCGUCAUAAAGCGGAACUGGAGACAGUAUGUCGGACACGUCGACAAAGAUUCUGUCAAGUCUACGGCAAAGCAAAACCGCGCCCAGCAAAUGGUCUUCCUCAUUCCCAUGGACAAGCGUAUUCCAAAGAUCAGGGUCCGCACACGCCAGGCAGGCGAAAUGCUUGGCAAACGUGUGCUUGUCACGAUUGAUUCUUGGAACAGAGAAUCGAGGUAUCCCAUGGGCCACUUUGUCCGGUCACUAGGCGAGCUUGAAACCAAGGGUGCGGAGACAGAAGCAUUGCUUCUGGAAUACGAUGUCCAGUACAGGCCGUUCCCAAAGACGGUGCUUGACUGUCUCCCACCUGAGGGCCAUGAUUGGCGAGUCCCGGCUACGAAGGAUGACGUUGGCUGGAAGGGCCGACGCGAUCUUCGGGAUUUGCUAGUCUGCAGUAUCGAUCCACCGGGUUGUGUGGAUAUCGACGAUGCUUUGCACGCGCAUCGCCUAGAGAACGGUAACUUUCAGGUUGGUGUACACAUUGCCGAUGUUUCGCACUUCGUCAAGCCAAACAAUGCCAUGGACAAGGAAGCGAGCAUGAGGGGCACGACUGUCUACCUUGUAGACAAGCGCAUCGACAUGCUUCCCAUGCUCCUCGGUACAGACCUGUGCUCGCUCAAGCCGUACGUCGAGCGCUACGCAUUUUCAGUCCUCUGGGAAAUCACGCCAGAUGCUGAGAUCGUCUCGGCUGACUUCACGAAGUCCGUUAUUCGUUCCCGCGAGGCUUUCAGUUACGAGCAGGCACAGCUCCGUAUCGACGAUCAGUCACAGCAAGACGAUUUAACCCAGGGCAUGAGGACGCUGUUGAUGCUCUCAAAGAAGUUGAAACAGAAGCGUUAUGAUGCUGGUGCGCUGAACCUAGCGAGUCCUGAGGUGAAGGUCCAAACUGAGUCCGAGACAUCGGACCCUGUGGAUGUUCAGACGAAGCGACUCUUGGAUACCAAUUCGCUUGUGGAAGAGUUCAUGUUGCUCGCCAACAUUACUGUUGCCCGGAAGAACUACGAAGCAUUCCCGCAAACCGCACUGUUGCGUCGCCACGCGGCUCCUCCGAGAAACAACUUUGAGGAGCUGGCGAAUCAGCUCAAGGUCAAGAAGGGGUUGGAGCUUCGCGUCGAUAGUUCGAAAGCUCUCGCGGACUCUCUCGACACAUGCGUGGAUUCUACUGAGCCUUUCUUCAACACCCUCGUGCGCAUCAUGGCUACGAGAUGCAUGAUGUCGGCCGAGUACUUCUGCGCUGGUCAGCAGGCGUACCCGGAGUUCCGCCACUACGGUCUUGCCAGCGAGAUUUACACCCAUUUCACGAGCCCUAUCCGUCGUUACGCAGAUCUGGAGGCACACAGGCAGCUCGCGGCAGCCAUCGAGUACGAACCGUUGGACUCGAGCCUUCACAGCAAGGCGAAAUUGGAAGGAAUUUGCAAAAACAUCAACGUGCGCCACCGCAAUGCGCAAUUCGCCGGACGCGCAAGUAUCGAGUACUAUGUGGGCCAGGCACUCAAGGGACGAGUCGUUGACGAGGAGGGCUUCGUCAUGAGGAUCUUUACCAAUGGCAUCGUAGUCUUCGUUCCACGAUUCGGCAUCGAGAGCCUGAUCAGGCUCCGCGACCUCGCGACGCCAGAGCCCGACGCUGAGUUCGACGCCGAGAAUUACGUUCUCUCCGUGUCGGGCAGCAGAAACGUGAGGCUCGAGUUGUUCCAAAAGGUCACGGUCAGGAUCAGCGACGAGCAGGAAGAGAGUACUGGUAAGCGCAAGGUCAAGCUUGGCUUACUCUAG